GCCAGGAUUUUGUGAGAUUUCCAGCAAGUUGUGCGAGUGGGUGAGCUGCUGGGUUCGUCCAUGCUCAGGUCGAGCUUCUGACCAGAUCUUGUCUGUCUGAGGAAGAUGCCGGUGUCCACGCGCUCGCAGGCCAGCGCCACCAAAGGCGGCGAUCUGGGCGCGCACCCGUGGAGCUCGUCGGCGGCGCGGGUGCCAAUGUCGGCCCCGGGCCGCCGGGCGUCGCUCCUCACCAACACGCACCACGGGCUCAAGGAGAAGAUGCGCGAGCUCAACCUCUUCUACGAGCAGCACAAGCAGAUACUCGCCUCCUCGCAGGCCGGCGCCGCCAUGCGCCGCAGCCGCACCAUCCCACACGCCAACGUCGGGGAGGACAGGGACGAGAACGCUGGGGAGGGGGAGGGGGCCAAGCGUCACCGCGACGCCUUUGCUCCGCUCCCCGAGGCGGCGGUGCUCAGGGAGAACAUGGGGCAUCCGGACGCACGGCCCCCUUCCAAGAACGGCAACGUCGUCGUGUUCUCGCGGCCGCCGGAGCCCAGGGAGAAGGAGAACGUGGCCCACGCCGCCAAUGUCAUGUCCUGCCCCGUCAAGAAGGGGGCGCCGGCUCUCCCCGCACUGCAGGCCAGGAAGCUCUCACUUGGAGGAGGCAUCGGCGGCAAGCUCAAGGCUCUAGGGGAGAUGGGGGCUGCCAAUGCCGAUUCAACAGGGAGCCGGAUCCUGGUGUUCGUCAGGCUGCGCCCCAUGUCCAGGAAGGAGAAGGAGGCCGGGUCCAACACCUGCGUCAAGAUCGUCAACAAGAAGGACGUGUACCUCACGGAAUUGGCCUCAGAGAACGACUACCUCCGCCUGAAGCGCGUGCGAGGCCGCCAUUUCUGCUUCGACGCCUCCUUCCCGGACUCCACGGCGCAGGCCGAAGUCUAUAGCACCUCAACAGCAGAUCUUGUGGAAGGUGUUUUGCAAGGGAGGAAUGGGACCGUGUUCUGCUAUGGAGCAACAGGGGCUGGGAAGACCUAUACAAUGCUGGGGACCAUGGAAAACCCUGGGGUAAUGGUGCUGGCAAUCAAGGAUUUAUUCUUGAAGGUGAGGCAGAGGAGCUAUGAUGGCAGCCACUCCAUUCAGCUGUCGUACCUUGAGGUCUACAAUGAGACAGUGAGGGACCUGCUAUCUCCUGGUAGACCCCUCCUUCUGAGAGAAGACAAGCAGCAGGGAACCGUUGCUGCCGGUCUUACACAAUAUAGAGCAUAUUCUACAGAUGAAGUUAUGGAAUUACUUCAGCAAGGCAACCAGAAUAGAACAACUGAACCAACUCGAGUUAAUGAGACCUCAUCGCGCUCCCAUGCAAUACUACAGGUUGUCGUGGAAUAUAGAUACAUGGAUGGAACUAGUGUUGUAACACGAGUUGGAAAGCUCUCACUCAUUGAUCUUGCUGGAUCAGAGAGGGCUAUAGCAACUGACCAACGCUCACAGAGGUCGCUCGAAGGAGCAAACAUAAAUCGGUCUCUCCUUGCACUCAGCAGUUGCAUCAAUGCUCUUGUGGAGGGGAAGAAGCAUGUACCAUAUCGCAAUUCCAAGCUGACCCAGCUCCUCAAGGAUUCUCUUGGGGGGUCCUGCAACACUGUCAUGAUUGCAAACAUCAGCCCUUCGAAUCUUUCCUUUGGUGAGACACAGAACACCCUUCAUUGGGCUGAUCGUGCCAAGGAGAUAAAAACAAAGCCAUUGACCGCUGGGAAUGAGGAAGUUUUCAAGGCACCAGAUUCUGAUACUGAGCAGGCCAAGCUAGUAUUGGAGCUUCAGAAGGAGAAUAGUGAGCUGAGGCAGCAGGUGGUGAAGCAGCAACAUAAGCUACUCACUGUUCAGGCUCAGUCACUUGCUCCCAACGGCUCGCCACAACAAGCUGCCCCCUCACCUCACAUUACCACCACUCCAUGCUCAACACAAAGAAAGGCGAAGCGGUCUAUUUUAGACGGGAGUUGUUUCAGCACACCAAAUUCUAAGAGGCCAGCAGACAUUGGACAGGUCCGGGAUCUGCAGAGGAAAGUGAAGACCCUGGAAUCCGAGAUCGAGAAGAUGAAGAGGGAACACUUUCUGCAGCUCAAGCAGAGGGACGAGUUCAUCCGUGGUUUGAUCAACAGGAAGAAUUCAAAUGACCCUGAAUCAGCAACAGCUGAGAGAAGGGUGAUCAGAAGGGCAAGCCUACGGAAGGCCGAGAAAGAUGCAGGCGAGCUGAAGAGCCCGAGCCACCGGUUCACGUCACCUAUUCCCACGGCUAAGAAGCGUACCUUCUGGGACUUUGGAGGCGAGAGCCCUUCAGUUCUUGCUGGAAAUGGGAGGAAGACUCGGAGCCAUGUAGCUGCUGAAACUCCAACGAGGGCCCCUUCAAUGCUACUUCAGCCGGGAUUCACACGCCAAAGAGCCUAGCAGCACUGGACCCUCAGGAGACGAAUGCAUGCAGAGGAGAGGAUAGACGUGUUCAUAUCUUACUAUUUUUUUGUCAGCUAUGUUAAGUGGAGUUUGUCAUAUUCUGUUGAUUAAAUUCAGUUUGCCUGGGUUAACUGAACCAGCAUAGAAUUUUAUUAGCUUCUAUCUCGAUUUAAAUUAUUGAAAGUGUAAAAUAUUUGGUCAGGGGAGAGAACAUUUAUUUUUGGUAACUGUUCCCGUCCGAAUGUUGCUCAAAUUUGGCAAAACAGAAUUACAAAGUUUGUGCUUGCUUUAAGAGAAAUUCGAAGAAUCUUUGUUUAA